AUGGGCAAAUCCUCCAAAGACAAGCGUGACGCCUACUACCGGCUCGCGAAAGAGCAAGGAUGGCGUGCAAGAAGCGCAUUCAAGCUUCUCCAGCUUGACGAAGAGUUCGACCUCUUCUCAAACGUUUCCCGUGUCGUCGACCUUUGCGCCGCCCCUGGCUCCUGGUCCCAGGUCCUUUCCCGAGUACUCAUCAAAGGCGAGAAAUUCGGCCGUUCAGCAUGGCAAGAUCGCGAUGCCAAAGUGCGCCAGCAAAUGCUCGGUGUCUUUUCCGACGCUUUUACGCCCGAACAGAAGGAAUCAAUAGAAAACUCCACCUGGUCUGGCGAUGAGGCGGCGCAAAACAAUGGAGUGGACGCAGCAGCCAGCCGAGAUGUCAAAAUCGUCUCCAUCGAUCUCCAGCCCAUCUCCCCCCUCGCCGGCAUCACGACUUUGCGGGCAGACAUCACACAUCCCGCCACCGUGCCGCUGCUCCUCUCUGCGCUCGACCCAUCGUACGAUCCUGCCGCCGUCGCAGGCACCCAAGCUCAGCAUCCCGUCGAUCUCGUUCUUAGCGAUGGCGCCCCCGACGUCACGGGCCUUCACGAUCUUGACAUAUACGUGCAGUCGCAGCUACUUUUCGCCGCGCUCAACCUCGCACUCUGCGUGCUGAAGCCGGGCGGCAAGUUUGUCGCAAAGAUCUUCCGGGGCCGAAACGUGGACAUUCUGUAUGCGCAGCUCAAAAUCUUCUUUGAAAAAGUCAUCGUGGCGAAGCCGAGAAGUAGCAGAGCGAGCAGUGUGGAGGCUUUCAUUGUAUGCUUGAACUUUCGACCGCCAGCGGGCUUCCAGGCCAGUCUAGAGGAGCCGCUCGGAGUAGGGCAGCGCCUGGAUACGCUGGUGCGAGAGAGGGAGAUGCAGCUACCAAUUGUCGCUGAAGCAACCAUGCAAUCAGAAAAGGGAACUUGGGACUGCAGCGCUGUAUCGACGCCGGCGACAUCACACGAGAGCGGAAUCACGGAAGUGGAGGUAUAUGACGAGGUUGAAGGGAACAAUAUGGGAAAUGGAGCCCGGUGGAUUGCACCUUUUAUUGCUUGCGGCGAUCUAUCGGCCUUUGACUCCGACGCUUCCUACCAGCUUCCCGAGGACUACGUCUCUCUAGAUCCUGUCCAGCCUCCCAUCGCUCCGCCAUAUAAGAGAGCCCUCGAAAUGCGGGCUGGGCUAUCCAAACCCGCCAAAGUGUAG